GGAAACGCUUGCCUCGUCAGCGAAUCUUUUGCGCUCUACUAUUUUUGUGAAAACUUCCUUCUUCGAGUCGAAAAAAGCAAACAAGAAGGCUGCUAAUAUUAGCCGUCUGGUUUGUAUAUCGACCAGAAAACAUCCUUAAAGUACUUGAAAACGGGAAUAACACCAGCUUCACUGCGUGGUUGGCGGGGUCCAUCCCGUGAUUGACGCGUCGGGCCGCUUCUACGCUACGCGACCGUAGCCCCUUCUUACCCCGAGCGAGACUGCCCACGAGGAUGACAAUGGAAGAGAUGAAGAAUGAAGCCGAGACCAACUCCAUGGUUUCCAUGACGCUCUACGCGGUCAUGUAUCCCGUUUUCAACGAGCUGGAGAGGGUAAACCUGUCUGCAGCACAGACCCUGCGAGCUGCCUUCAUCAAGGCAGAGAAGGAGAAUCCGGGCCUGACUCAGGACAUUAUCGUGAAGAUCCUGGAGAAGAAGAACGUGGAGGUGAACUUCACGGAAUCCCUGCUUCGAAUGGCCUCCGAUGACGUGGAGGAGUACUUGAUUGACAGGCCGGAGCCGGAGUUCCAGGAUCUGAACGAGAAGGCCCGCGCCCUGAAACACAUCCUGAGCAAGAUCCCCGACGAGAUCAACGACCGAGUGCGCUUCUUACAGACCAUCAAAGACAUCGCGAGUGCCAUCAAAGAGCUGUUGGACACGGUGAACAUCGUGUUUAAGAAGUACCAGUACCAGAACCGCAGGGCUCUGGAGCACCAGAAGAAGGAGUUUGUGAAGUACUCCAAAAGCUUCAGCGACACUCUGAAGACCUACUUCAAAGAUGGAAAGGCGAUAAACGUCUUCAUCAGUGCCAACAGACUCAUCCACCAAACCAACUUGAUACUGCAGACCUUCAAAACCGUGGCCUAGUGGAGCCCAGCGGCCCGCGGCUGGAUCAGCGACGGGGCCCCCCCUCUGUGUAAAAUAACCUCUCUCUGGGACUGUAAUUUAUGAAGCCUGGCUUGGUUUGGGAAGACACGACGCGAGGCGUUUCGGAGGGAACACACACACACACACACCCCCCUCUCGCUCAGAAUCAGUGUCUGAAUCAUGGCUGCAAUCUCCACACGCACAGGCGCACACACACACACACACACACUCUCACUGACUCACUCACGUGCACACACACGCGCACACACACACACACACACACACACGCUCUCACUGACUCACUCACUCACUCACGCACACGCGCGCACACACACACACACUCCUCACUUCACUCUUUUAUUUUCCUUUUCUUUCACUGGUGUCGCGAUCGAAAGAGCCGGACGAUUUUCGCGCCUUAAAAAAAAGUGUCCUGUAACAUUCCGUACAGAAAGUGUAAAUAUGCAUUUCCCGCUUCUGAAACCCCCCCCCCCCCCGGGUUAAAGACGAACGGGAAAAGGCAAGUUAUGUAUUUAACAGAUAUCUCGUGGCAAAUGUUGUAAUAAAUAGUUUGCAUAUA